GCUGCGGCAACAGCAUUAGGGAGACAUACAGUUCUCCCUUUGAGGGCUGCUUUCUGCAGACGGGAAUUUAUUUAUUUUCUAAACAUGCAUGUAGGUAUUUAUAUAUUUACUGGGCUGCACUUGUUUUUCCUUUUUUUAAACCUUUGAGAAAAUCCCCAAACCAUCCAAGUGACAAGCGUCAGAAUUCCAUAAAAUAAAAUAACACAGCGUGGUGGGAUCGCAUUGCUCCCCCUUCCCCCUUGAAAAAUAAAGAGGGAGGGGAGAGCAGGCAAGGGUAGGUAAAAUCCAGAAUAAAAUCACAUUGCUAGAUAACUCACACCUCCCCCCUCACACACACACACUCACACACGCACACACUCACACACUCUCUUUCUCCUCCUCCCCUUCUCUGAAGGUGGGUAGCAGGAGCCAUGCAACAUCUGCAGAACCGGAUGGCAAAAGAGCAGGAGGAAAAAUAAUCCAAGUGGAGUGCUCAGGGGACACCGAGUUCUUUUUUUCUUUUUCCUUUUUUUUUUUUUCUUCUCCUUCUUCUGUAUACCUGUGAGAUUCGAUUUCACAUUUUGCUGAGCCCAUUUUGGGGCAUUUUAUUUUUCUUUCUCUUGGGAUUUUCUCCAUUGCCAGAGGAUGUCUCUUGUUGAGAGGAUGCUGAAAGGAAGAAGAAACGAAUUCUUUGACUGGCACUGAAGGGGGGGGGGGAUAUUUUUCCCCCACAUUUUUUAGGUUUUUUUCAUUAUUCCUUUUCUUUAGGAAAUCAUUAACGGGGGGGGGUUGGUUUCUUUUUUCCCUCCCCCCCUUUUUUUGGAGGGGGAUUUCAGAAGAUCCAUCCUUCUUUCCCCUCCCUCCAAAGAUUUUUUUUCAUCCUUCGUCUUUGUGGAAAUGUGGACAUUUCAGGCAGACAGAUUGAGUGGAAUUGUCUCUGCUUUAGCAGCGCUUUGUCUCGCCUGCUGUGCGCAAAGCCCAUCCACUGGGAAUAUUUCUGUGGUGAAAGAGAUUGUGGACAAAUUGCUGAAGGGCUAUGACGUCCGCCUCAGGCCUGACUUUGGAGGUAACCCUGUCACAGUGGGAAUGAGCAUCCAUAUCUCCAGCAUUGACCAGAUCUCAGAAGUCAACAUGGACUACACCAUCACCAUGUACUUCCAGCAGAGCUGGCGGGACAAACGCCUAGCGUAUAGUGACCUUCCUCUCAACCUGACCCUGGAUAACAGGGUGGCUGACCAGUUGUGGCUGCCUGAUACCUAUUUCCUGAAUGACAAGAAGUCCUUUCUGCAUGGAGUGACAGUGAAGAAUCGCAUGAUCCGGCUCCAUCCUGAUGGGACUGUCCUAUAUGGCCUGAGAAUCACCACCACAGCCGCUUGCAUGAUGGAUCUGAGGAGGUACCCCCUGGACCAGCAGAACUGCACGCUGGAAAUCGAGAGCUAUGGUUAUACGGUUGAUGACAUUGUGUUCUUCUGGCAAGGAAACGAUUCUGCUGUCACAGGGAUGGAGGUGCUAGAACUGCCGCAGUUCACCAUAAUCGAGCAGAGGCUGGUCAGCAGGGAAGUGGUCUUCACCACCGGUUCAUAUCUCCGCUUAUCCUUGAGUUUCCGGAUUAAGAGGAACAUUGGUUACUUCAUCCUCCAGACUUACAUGCCAUCCAUUCUCAUCACUAUCCUGUCCUGGGUCUCCUUCUGGAUCAAUUACGAUGCUUCUGCUGCACGAGUGGCGCUGGGGGUCACCACGGUACUUACAAUGACCACCAUCAACACCCAUCUGCGGGAGACCCUCCCCAAGAUCCCUUACGUCAAGGCUAUUGAUGUUUAUCUCAUGGGCUGUUUUGUCUUCGUGUUCCUGGCACUCCUGGAGUAUGCUUUUGUCAACUACAUAUUCUUUGGGCGAGGCCCCCGGCAGCAGAAGAAACAGAGUGAACGGAUCAGCAAGGCCAACAAUGAGCGCCACCGUUAUGAGGAGAAGAGGGUGAGAGAGCAGGUCGACCCUUAUGGUAACAUCCUCCUCAGCACUCUGGAGAUGAACAACGAGCUGCUGGCCACAGACAUGAUGAGCAGUGUUGGCGACUCUCGAAACUCUGUCAUGUCCUUCGAAGGCUCAGGAAUCCAGUUCCGCAAGCAGCUGGCCUCUCGGGAUGGAUUUGGUCACCACCCAACCCUAGACCGCCACGUCCCACUGACCCACCACGCCGCGGCCCGCAACCGCGCCAACUGCCGUCUCCGCCGGCGGUCAUCUAAGCUGAAGCUCAAAAUCCCAGACCUGACAGAUGUCAGCACCAUUGACAAGUGGUCACGAAUCAUUUUUCCAAUCACCUUCGGAUUCUUCAACCUUGUUUACUGGUUGUACUAUGUAAAUUGAUGCCUGCAGCCUCCAAGAGAGAUAGGGACAGACACUCAGACAAUGACAACACAGUAGUGUUGUGGUCUUUUGGGUUUGGGUUUUACUCUUUACUAUCAUUAUCAUUUAUUCCUUUGAUUCAUUAGAUUUAUUCUAAGCUUACUCUUCUCUUUUCAGCACAUGUAGAACCACAGAGUGUGUGGGGGGGAUAAGGGAGAGAAGGGUGUAAGGGAGGGAUUUUGGUUUCAGGGAGGGAUGUGUUUGUCUCAAUUUUGGUUUCCUGCCGAUGGACUUAAACCAUUGUAAAAAAAAAAAAACAAAAAACAAAAAAACAAAAACCAAAAAAGAAAGGAAAAAAAAAGAAAAAAGACAGAAAAAAGAAAAACAAAAAAAAAACAACAAAAAAGAAAAGUUUAAAAAAAGGGGGGGGAGAUUUAAAGAAAUUGAGUCAAAAACUGGUGUGGGGGGGAUAGGUUAUCUUUGGCUGUGCUCACUAAUGCACUAUCCUCACUUCCAUUUCACUACCAAAUUUCAUCUUUCUCUUCUCAGUAUUAUUUUCUUUUUAAUCUUUCUUCUGUCUCUGCUCUUAACCCCUUCAUGUUUAUUCCUUCAUGGAUUCAUGAGAUGGUGGGGUUUCAUUCUCAUGCUACAAGAUUUCUCUUUUCUUUUUCUCUCUCCCUCUCUCUUGCUUACAAGCCUAAAAGAAUCUUUUAAACCAACAAAUAAAAAGAAUAUUUAUUUUGGAAGAUCUGGGAAGGGGGGAGGACAGGGCAAUUAUUUGGGAGGGAAGGGGCAAUGUGGGCAUAUGGGAGGGGGGUGGGAGGAGGGAGCUUAUCAAAAACAAAGGCACAUUUGCAAGUUGCCUUUUUCCACCUUCAGGAGUUUGCAAGCUGUUUUUCCUGUAUGAAUGUGUGUGUGUAUGCGGCGCAUCUGUGUGUGUGUGUGUGUGUAUGCAGAUAUGGAUGUGUGUGUGCAAGCAUGUUUUCUGGGUUGGGGAGCAGGGGAGGGGGGUUUUGUAAUGUCUUUUGUAGAAAGAGAACACAGAUGACAUUUAACCGGCAGUGUUUUGGGGGGAAUAGCAGGGUUUUGUUUGCUCAUUGCAGCUUUGAGGGGUUGGAGGUUGAAGUUUCAGCCUGUAUCAGAGUCACAGAGCUGGGGACCAUAGAUCAUGCAAAUAUAUAUUUGCUGAGGAGAGGGAGAGGUUUGGGGAUCAGCCAUGGGACAAUGUCAGUGUCCCAGCUGGCAUCUGAUCCCAGGUAGACUAAGCCGUCCAGUCCUGAAAGGAGGGGUUGUUCCUAAUCUUUCCCACCCUGCAUCUUAACUUGCUGAGUUCUGGGAGAAAAGCAGUUACAGGACUCUGAAAACUCAGCCCUUUCCCUCUCUACCUGCUCUUUGUGCACAUAGCCAGACAAGGGACUUCACACUCCAGCUCACUGAAUGACCCUAGCCAACUGCAAGGCCCAGGGAAGGGUGGAGGUCAUUUAAAUUUGUUUUGCUUCAGGAUGAAAAAAUCUGGAAAUGAUGGCUAUCCCCUUUCCUAAGAACUUCAGAAGCAAAUGAUGGGCUGGCACCCUCUGAUGCAGACUGCUUCUAUUGGGCCUUGUUGUAUAUCCAUUAAUAUCUGUAGAGUGUAGAGAAGAGCACACUAUGUCCCUUCUUGCCGAAGACAUAACUAAGGGUGCAGUAGAGUUCCGUGGAGCAUCAUCCCUCUGGAAAAUGAUGGUCCUCAAAGACUGGGCAGGGUGAAGGUUGCAAUGAAAACGCUGAGCUUGUUGGUGCUCGAGGAAGCCCCUAAGUUUAUAGUAGCUUCCAUUCACAGGCACUUGUUAUAAAGGGUACAGAAGGAUAAAUUGGCCUUGGACUGCAAGGUCAACAUUUUCCAAAGGAGCCAGAGACUUUCAGGAAAUCACUGAAUUACUGGCCACUUUGGCAAUCACUGAUGAUUGAUAAUCUCCCUUAUAAUGUUUAUAAAAGCCAUGAAAAUAAUAAAUUCACAAGUGCAAAACUUUAUCCCUUGGAUCCAUCUGCCAUUCCUGGAGUAAUGAUGAGAACCUUGUUCUUACCCAAUGGAGGCUUUUACAUGCCACACACACACGCACACAUGCACACAUACAUGCACACGCUGCCUUGAAUCCAAACAUCCCUUUGUUUUUCCUGUAGCAUUCUCUUCCUUUCUCCUUGGUUCCCAUUCCUUGGGAAAGCAGAGUGAUCCUCUGAGACCAGGGAAACUCCUGUUUUUCAGAAGAUAGAUGCAUUUAAUGCACAUCUUUUCAUUUACUAAUUUAUGUCUAUAUAGUGCAAUGAAAAUGUGAAUCACUAUAGGCCUGACCUAGCAACACUGAAGUUAUGGAAAGUUUUGCCUUGACUUGGCUAGAGCAGGAUCAGGGCCCAUGAGAGUAAUAAGUAUUGUUAUUUUUAUAUCAGUAAUGUGUCUUAUGCAUUUUCUACUAAGAGAAUCCUAAGCGUAAAAGUAGAGGAUCCAUCUCUCUCAGUUGUCCCUAGUCUGCCUCCCCCUCAUGUACAUGCAUGCACACGUUCAGUCCAGGCCUCCCUGGACUCACCAAGGUUUUAGCACAAUUGUUAAAUCAGACUUAGAUUCCCAGCUGCCCUGAAGAACACUCUUUUGCUGGUUUUCACAUUCAAGAGCGAUACUAUUGUAAAUGGGUUUUCCCAAUGUUGUUACAGUUUAUGGUCUAGAUGGGACUUGAUAGGAAUAAGAGUCUGAGGAGUGAAUGGAGCUUGAUUGUAGGACUAAUGCUGGAUUGGGUAGUUUUGUCUACCUAAUGCACAGAACGUUUAAAGGUUGGCCAAAAGAGGAAAGUCAUGCUUUCUACUGGGAUUUGAUUUGGAAAUUGUCUUUAAAAGUUUUAAUGGAAGUCAUAAGUUACAUUUUAUGACAUCAGCAGUAUGAUGUAGAUGGAAAUAUGCAUGCUUGUUGGUUGUAAUUCCCAGAUGAAAGCUGCCUAUUGGCAGAUUCAGUUUUUAAGGGGAUUCUAACCAGCUGAUUGAUCAUUAAUCUAAACCCGUACCAUUUAUAAAUAUGAUUACAAUGUAAAGGUUGGCCAGAAAAAUAGAAGGCAAAAAAAGGAAGGUGGUUAUAAGAAGCCUUUUAAGAUUGGAGAGAAAACAAAUGGCCACAUGGAAAGCAGUGAUGAAGCUGAGGGAGAUGACUCAGGAACUCCAGUAAUUCAGUAGUUUUAUUAAAAGCCCAAUGCUUUAUUAAAAGCCUGUGAUAGGAGUUAGGUGCCUGAGAGCUCUCUCAGAUGAUCCCAAUGACCAGCAGUGACAGUGGCACAUGGAUGAUGCAAAGCCUGCCUAAGCAUUUUGUUUGGGCACUGAGCCCAUUUGGAGGGGCUCCCUGCCAGGCACUGACUGACCCAGUGCAGUGCCCUGUAGGUACAACCUGGGGCCUCAAGCAGCUGGAAAUCAGACACGGAGGUCCUGCGUUUUCUACUCAAGGCUCCAGUGGAGAUUGGGCCCAGAAUUUCAUAGCAACAAUCCUAAAGCUUUCUAGGGAAGAAGCACUGCUCAGCUGGUUACUUCACUUGUUCAAUUUGGAGCCAAGCUCCUUUGUUAUUGCCUAGGUUCUCUGUUGGCUGGGUUCUCUUUCUUAUCAGGAGUUGUCCUAGUUUCUCUCUUUGAAUGUUUCUGACCUGUCAUUACCAGGUCAGGCUUAUUUCAUAGGGUCAGUCUUAGUAUAUCCAGACAUCUGGACUAUUUGGUCCUACACAAUAAUCUUUGCCAAAGAGUGUGUGGUCAGGACUUUUCACAGUUCAAGGACUGCCUUAUAAUUUUUAGUGGCAGGGCAGAAUGCUGGAGAAAAACUGAGUCCUGUAAGUUGGCUGAGUAAUAGAAAAUGUGUCUUUGUAUGGGGGUGAGGGAAGAAUUGCUGAAGGCCUUUAGAAAUGCCCUCCUCCAGAAGUAAGGUGGCACCUCCAUUUUCCCCCUCCAUCACAGCCUGUGUCCACUCCUAAGAGAGACAACAAAGCAGUGUGUCAUUUUGGGGUCCGGUGAUCCAGAAAGGAAAUGGUGGAGAAAAUUAGGAGCCUUAAUCAUACUCAAGGCUUACAGGUUCCAAGCCAUCAUAAGCACAGGGAAAGGAAAGUCAUAACUCUCUAAUACAGUGGGUACAAAGCUAGUAUUAUUGGAAAGGUGGAGUGGAUUUCCAUGCUGCAGCUUGCGCGCCAGCUGCUGUCCACCUUGGCUUCGUGAAGGGAGAGCAAUGGGGAAGGAGGGAGGAAGAAGUGCUUCUCCGCAGCAGAGCCACUGACUUUUGCUCCUGUGGUGGCAAGGCUGCUUUUGAAUGCAGCCUGGUUUCUCUGCAGCUUGAGGCAGGAUUGCUGCUUGUUGGGUCAUGCUUUUGGCAAAGACUGUGACACGGGCAUGAGGGAAGCCCCAGGUUGCCUGAGGGAGCUGGGCUGGGGGAGAACAUUUUCCAAUUUUCCCAUGCAUAACAGCCUAGGAGAGGAACGUGGAGGAGAAGAAAGAAGAGGAGAAAUAGAAUAGAAAUCUCUCUCAGGAUAUAUACAUGGCCAACACAACCCUAUUGCUUCAUUUUCUGAUACUGUAUAGUGCUGUCACUCAGGGACCUUUAGGAACUAGGACCUUGGGACUGUAAUUGUACCUGUCCCCCUCCUAUCCCCCCUUCACCUUGAGUAUUAAGAACUGAAGAGAGAAUAAGAGAUCAAAAGAGGAAAAUAAGAGUCCUGGUAGCAAACCCCUGCUAUUCCAUGGGUGAAAGUAAAGCUUUGGUUACUAACGUAAAAGGAAAAUGUAUACCUUUAUAUUCAUGUCUUCAAGCAUAAACCAGCCCGUAGUGUAUAUAGGAUAAGUUCACAGUGCAUGAAACAAACAGGACUGUAGGUCUUAACCGGCAUCCAGCUUUCUUGCAUGCACAUCUGACACCACACCAGCAGCUUAUGUCUUGCAAAUAAGUAGAGAACCUGCCAAGGCCUGGCACUUCCUCUGUCCAAUGGACAGCACAUCCACUUCCCAGAAACAGAGCCAUGCAGGGAACUGAUAGGGCUGGUCUGUUUGACCAGAUCUGCUCCAGAGGCCCUGGCAGGAGGAGAUAAGGGGUGGGAGGUUGCAUUGGUUUUGUAUUUCUUUUUGUGGUGAGGAGGAAGGGGUUUUAAAUCUCUGAGCUGCUGUCAGGCGCGAGAGAAACCUCUGGAGCUGCAGACCAAAGGACAGUGGCUUUAGGGAAGGUGGUCACUGAAAUUCUAAAAGAGAAAAUGGGAUGAGGAAGAGGUUGUUGGUGGGAGAGCUGUAACUUCAGAAGCAGGGCAGUUAGGAGAGAGGUAAUGAAAAUAUAUGUGCAAUGCAAUAGGUUUGAAGGGACUAGAGCUCUGAGAACUGGGGCUUCCAUUGAGCCAAAUGUGCUGGGUGCAGCUGCAGGCAGCAUUCCAGGAAACCCAGCCAUGGCAGUGGUACCCAACUGGCAGAGACCAGUGUCUGGGAGACAAGGACAGGAAAUAAGAACAGUAGGGGAAGACUCCCA